AUGUCAAAAGCCCAGCCAAUAGAGUUCUCGCGGCAAGCCCGUGAAAAUCUUUUGAAAAGGAUUAUCGAUCUUGAGAGUCUUAUCUAUGAAAAGGGGUUUAGACUGAAUGAUCUUCACCCCCGAAAUGUCAUAAUCACUUCACAAGAGAGUGUACGCCCUGUGGUUUUCAUUGACUUGGCUAAUUCAAUUGUUUUUGAUAAACCGGAUUCCAGCGACGACUCUGAUUCUGUCGAUCUUUCUGGUCAUGAUGUUGAUGAUGAUUUUAUGAACCAAAUAAAGGCUUUGAGGAAAAACAUGAAACUAGUACGACACCUCACUGGAUACGUUUCACCCCUAGUCCGUUGGAGAGAGCAAGAACCACUUGGCCAUGCAUUUCACGAUUGGCUUGGCGAAGAAAUCUAUUGCAACUAUUGGAAUAACUGGAUUGACACUGAGUAUGCUAGCACCUGGACAACUAUCAAGCCGGAGAUGUUAGCCAGGUGGCCAGUACGUGAGGGUCGGGGCGUCAAAUUGCGAAGAGGACUCCCGUAUGAAGAGUUCAUCUUGAGGUUCAAGCAUAUAUCAUUGUGA